AUGGCUGACCCAAUUCAAAAACUUAAAAAUGAUAUAGCUUUAAACAAUGCAGUGAUAUUUAUUGGCAGAGGUGUAUCUAUUUAUACAACAAAUGGUGAACAAAGAGUGUGUGAUUGGAAAGGAUUACUAAAACACGGAUUACAACAAUGUUACCGAUCAGGAUGGAUGAGCGACGAAGAAUUUGUGUGUUUCGAUACUCAGUUCGAUAGUGAUAUAGCAAAAAUUGAUGACUGUUUACUUGCUGCCGACCAAAUUAAGGCUUAUUUUCAAAUGAAAAGGGAUGAGAUAAACGAUGAUCUUUACAAAACAUGGUUAAGAGAAACAGUAGGAAAUUUAUCAGCUAAAAGACUGGAGCUUAUUAAAUCUAUAGAAGAAUUAGAGUGUCCAAUUUUAACAACUAACUAUGACUUAUUGCUUGAAGAUGUACUUGGCAAAAAACCAUUAACUUGGAAUGAAUAUUAUACUAAUGGUAUUGAUGAUUCGUUAGAGCAUUUCAAAGAUUAUAUUUUACAUGUAUAUGGGCAUUUUAAAGAUACAGAUAGUAUAAUUUUCAGUAGCCAUGAUUAUUAUCAACUCCUUAAAAACGAAUCUAGUCAAUCAAGACUGAAAGAACUUAUGAAAACAAAGACUUUGUUAUUCAUUGGAUAUGAUGGCGAAAUAUCUGAUCCAACUUUUUCGAAUUUAUUGAAAUGGAUAUUUUUUGUAACAGAUAACAAACCAUCGUCCAUGUAUAAACUUGUUAAAUCCAAUAAAUAUCACAUGUUUCAUCAAAUACCAAAUAUUUUGUUUUCGGAGAAUAUUAAGGAAGUUCAAUAUGGCAAUAAUGCAGAAGAUUUAUUACAAUUUCUAAAAAGUCUCAAAUCAUUUACAUCAUUAAUACGUGAAAGUUUAUCAUUGAUAGAUAAAAAAGAAUUUGUUCGUAAAAAAUAUUUGAAUUAUCUUAUCAAUGAAUAUGCACAUGUAUCAAUUUUUGGAUAUUCUAAUACUAACAUGAGUUUACCUUUGGAAAGUGUCUAUGUAGAAUUAAAAUUUGAUCCAACACAUCCGAAAGAGAAAAUACCAAUUCUUAUUCCAAUAUGGAAAUAUGUUGAUCAAGUAAAAGAAAAUCACAAUGAAAAAAAAUCUACUUUACUUCAGUUUAUUUAUGAAAAUUCUACUUUUGACUCAACAUUUUUCAAUAAUGACGAGCGAAUGGAACUAUCAUUUUUGAUGAAACAAUCAUUAGUAGAAGGAAAUAUUUUAGUUAUAUUCGAAGGUUUAGAUGAAGUUCCUGUUCAUGUGGAUCGAUCGGAUUUAAUAAAGGAAAUAAACACAUUAUUAGAACGAGGAAUAGAUUAUGAUUUGAUGCAUGAUAAGCUUACUUAUUCAGUUUAUGAACAGAAAGAAAUAUAUAAUACCAGAGAUCCUACUAGCGGUAAUCGAUUCAUCAUAACAAGUCGUAUUGAAGGAAAUUAUUUUGAAGAUAUCAAUUUUUUUAUUCCAAGAUUAACUAUUGAAGAUAUGUCUAAUGAUGCUCUCAAAUUAUUUUGUAGUUCAUAUAUGAAAUGUAUUAAUGAGAUUUCAGUUAAAGCUGGAAGACUUGCGAAAGAAAGUAAUAUCGAUCAAUUACAUAAUGAUAUAACACAAAGCAAAGAUAUUUUUCAUUUGGCGAUUAAUCCACAAUUGGCCAGUGUAAUUGCUGCAGUUUAUAAUCAAUGCGAUGGUCAAUUACCAGAGAAAAGAAUUGAUUUAUAUGAAAAAGCCAUCGAAAAAAUGAUAGAACGGUUAGUAACACUUUAUAUCAAUUCUUCAACAAAUUAUCUAGGCAAAGAGCUUGGACUCAAUGCCACUAUGUUUUGGUCAAUAUUACAAGAAAUAGCUGAAUAUCUUCAUAGUAAAGUUGAAGGACUAUCAGAGAAUAUGUUAAAAGAAAUAAUAAGAAAAUGUUUAUUAGAUUAUCAAAAGAAAUCAUCGGAAAGUCUGGAAACAAAGAUCGAUGAAUUAAUCUUAAAACUUGUGGAUAUUUUUAAAUACCAAGCAGGUGUACUCAAUGAAUUUGGUCAUAAUAGUUUUCGAUUUAUACAUCGUACGUUUCAAGAAUAUCUUGCAGCUAAAAGUAUUAUCAUUCGUUAUGGAAGUGAACAAUCGGAAGAUAUGAUUUAUCACAAUAUUCAUAAUAAAAUUGAUAUUCCCAAUUGGAGAGUUCCUCUUAGUAUGACAUUUGGAAUUCUGAGUAAAUCAGCUGAACAUAGUCUAUUAUUUAGCAAUAUUAUUAGAAGAUUGUUAAAAGAUGAGAAAGCUUUAUCUAAUAUGCAAUCUUCUACACUUCUAGUACCAUUUGUUAUUAUUGAUUCAUUAAAUGACAUGCAGUUUUCAUUCAAAGAUACAGAACAUGAAUUGAUUCGGAAAUUAGCAGACAUGCUAUUGUCUGAUUAUGAAAAUAUGUCUGGUUUCUCACGUUUAAAAGAACAUCAGGAAAUGAUUCAAUCUUAUUUCUUGAAAUUGAAAAGAAAAUAUGAUAAUACAAUGACAGAUUGGUUUAUUGAAAAGAUAAAUCAUGAAGACGAUGUUGCUGCAUGUGCUAACAUUAUUUAUCACUUGAAAUGGUAUAAUCGAAAAUUUCAUGAAAUAUUUCUAAAGAAUUUACACAAUGAUUCUAUAAUUUGGAAUUGGCCAAUCGAUUCGAUCUUACGAUUCUAUUCGAAUGAAAUUAAAGAUGAAGCAGUGUUAACACAAUUAAAAUUCAAAAAUACGAUAAAUAAAAAUCCAGAAAUAAUCAAAAUUAUUAUAAACAGCAAGGCUUGGCUUCCAUUAAUUACAGCUCUUUAUGGAGGCUAUAAGAAUUACAAGACUCAAUCAAGCAUAUCAGAAUAUUAUGAAAUAGCUCAAUUUCUAGAAUUAAGCUCUAUUGAAAGAGCACCGUUUACUUUUUACUAUCAAGAAAUUUGGGAUAGAGAUGAUGCAGCUUAUAGUAUGGCUGUGUAUCUUGACACAAAAGUAACUAAAAAACUCUGGACUGAAAAGCCAAUAUUUGAUAAAAAUGACAUUUACAAAGAAUCAUUUUUGACAAAUAAAAUCCUCGAGCUACUUCAGGAAGAAAAAUCGACAACAGAAUUAAUAGAAGAUUUGCGCAAACAAAUCAAUAGUCAAAAAUUAAGUAGAAGUGAAAAAGUGGAAGUAUCCAUCGCAUUAAUCGUUUUAGGUGACUUCGACUUCAUAAAUGCUCUUAUAGAAGAAGGAGAAGAAAUAUUCAUAAAAAGCUUCAGAAAUAGAAUCGAACAACUUAUUGAUAUUUUGAAAGAUCCAAUUGCAAGAUGGUCUUUGAAUAUUUCCGAAUAUUUACUUAAAAUUUAUAAUAGUAUGAAAGCGAAUCCGUUAUUGUAUGACAUCAAUUUUUUACAUUAUUGCAGAAUAUAUUUAUCCAUAAUAGCCAAUAGUGGAGGUUUGCCAAUAGACACUAGGAUAUUAGCAGAAGCUGUAGAUAAUGUCGAAGAUAAAUAUAGCCUUUAUGCAGAAUACUUUGCCUUUCAAAUCGCUGGUACAGCUCAUAGUUUUCAAUAUCAGGUUGCUGUAUUAUGUGACAAGUGCAUCUCUGCAACUGAACCUGAUCUGAUUAUGAAUUCAUUUUUAAAAAUUAGUGAUACAAUUCAGAUUUAUAGGCCAGUUCGAGGGUAUCCAUGGGUCACAGACAUGUUUACUUUUAAAUUAAACAAUGAUGAUGAUGAUAUACCAAUAGCAAUGUUCAACUGUUUAGAGAAUAUCAAUACAAAUAUAGCAUAUUUAGUGGAUACCAUUUCUGAGACUUUCCGUAAGAAAGAAUAUUUCAAUAAAAAUCCAGAAUUGAUUCCAUUAGUUGUAUUGUUACAUUUUGGAAUUAUUUCAAAAGACAGUGAUAGGUUUGGAAUUUACAAAAAUUUACUUCCUGAAUUAGCUGAACAGUCAGAUGUAAAAGAAUUUUUAUUUGAAACAAUUCAAUCCAUAUGCAAUCCUUAUUAUAAAUCAAGAGCAUUAUAUCAAUUAGCAGAAUUUUAUGAUAAAAAAAGUUAUGAAUUGUUAAAUGAAUCUUUUAUAUUAACAAAAAAUAUUCAAAAACCAACUUUAAAGUUUCAAGUGUUGGAAAAGAUUUUUAGUAUUGUUCAUUAUAAGGAAGUAGAUCGCACGCUAUUCAUUCAAAACAUUCUUGAUGAGUUAAUUUUAACAUUUGACAAUAUUGAUGGUUUUCAUAAUCGAAUUAUUGCAUCGAUAAGAUUAUCAUUUUAUGGAUCAGGAGAAUUUCGAAAAAAGUAUUUAGCUAUUGCUUUAGAAACACUUGAUCGAAUGGAUGAAGAUAAUGAAAAAAUCAAAUUAAUUAUUAAACUAAAACCAUUAAUUAGUAUUUAUGAUGAUCUUCUAAUCAAACUAAAUGAAAUGAUAGCAACACUCAAGAAUAAAAUGCAUAAUUAUUUUGUCAAUUCUUAUUAUGGAAGAAUAUUAUUUACUGAAACAUUAAAUAUUCCUAAGUCAAACUUAAAUUUAGAUAUAAGUCAAAAUUUAGAAAACGAGGAUGAUAACAAAAAAAUUGUCGAUCUUCCAAAUUAUAUAGAACUUCAAUCUUUAUUUUUAUUGAUUGCACAAUUGAAUGAUACAAAAUUAGUUAUUGAUCAAACAGAAAACACUGAUCAUUUAUGGAUUCAUCUUUUAAAAGAUACUGAUAAUCAGUCAAAUAUAGACAAGAUAUUAACUAUUGGUUUACAUGAUGGAAUAUUUUUGACACCACAAGUAGCCAUUAUUGUAGAUGAAUUGAUAGAAAAAGGAAAAGAAGAUCAUAUAUCGAUGCUUUUUCCCUAUAUUAUAAAACCGUCAAAUGAAAAUAAAAUUGGUAUACCCAAUUGGCGAGUUCCACUUAGUAUGACGUUUGGAAUUCUGAGUAAAUCCGAUGAAGAUAAUCUAUUAUUUAGUAAUAUUAUUAGAAGAUUGUUAACAGAUGAAAAAGUUUCGCUUAAUAUGCAAUCGUCUACACUUCUAAUAUCAUUUGUUAUUAUUGAUUCAUUAAAUGACAUGCAUUUUUCCUGUAAAGAUACAGAGCAUGAAUUAAUUCAAAAAUUAGCAGAUAUGCGUUUGUCUGAUUAUACAAAUAUAUCUGGUUUCUCACGCUUAAAAGAACAUCAAGAAUUAAUUAAAUCUUAUUUCUUGAAGUUGAAAAGAAAAUAUAAUCACACGUUGGCAGAAUGGUUUAUUGAAAAGAUGAAUCAUGAAGAUAAUGUUGCUGCAUGUGCUAGUAUAAUUUAUCAAUUGAAAUGGUAUAAUUCAAAAUUUCAUGAAAUAUUUGUAAAGAAUUUACACAAUGAUUCUAUAAUUUGGAAUUGGUAA